AUGGGGCGCUGCCUGCGCCGGGCCCUGCCAGCCCUUAAGGGGAGCGUGGCCUGCGGGGCCGCAGAGGCCGGGGCCGCCGGCCAAGGGGGCGGGCCCUGCAGCCUUUGUUGCCCGCGGACCGAGCGCAGCCGACCGGAGUCUGGGCCGGGUAGUCUGGAGCCGCACGCGGGCCGUGCAUGUCCUGAGCCGGACCUGGGACCAGGCAGCGACCGGACGGGACGGACAAGAGCGUGCGCGCGGGGUCACCCGGCGGCCGCCCGGUCCCUGCCAUGCCCGGCGGCCCGAGUCCCCGCAGCCCCGCGCCGUUGCUGCGCCCCCUCUUCCUGCUCCUCUGCCCUCUGGUUCCCGGCGCUCCCGGACCCGCACCAGCAACGCGCCUCGCUCCUGGGAGAACUGUCGUCCGAGUGGGCUGGAUGGAGCGCGGUUUACCCACUGAGGAUUUGGUUUCUCACAGUCCUCAGUGGCGCUCUCCUGGAAAGCGGGCUGUCCGGGACACCGCAGGCGAGGGCGCCAGGUCGCAGGUCUCAGCGGGUCCCCGCCGCCCCUCCCCCCUCCCCCCCGCCGGCUCCUGCCUACCGCAUCUGGGCUGCUGGCGCGGUCCCUGGUGGCCGGGGGCACCGGGUCUUGCGCGAGACCUGCCGGGCGGCCGCGCUGCUGGCGCGUCUGACGCAGCGCAGCGGGCCUGGGAAUUCAGUAACCGAGUAUGUAGGAGACCCCAGGCCCGGUGCUCAGGAAGCUCCCAGACGUGCAACUGAGGGCCGGGCGGCACUCGACAUCGUGCACCCGGUUCGCGUUGACGCGGGGGGCUCCUUCCUGUCCUACGAGCUGUGGCCCCGCGCACUGCGCAAGCGGGAUGUGUCUGUGCGCCGAGAGGCGCCCGCCUUCUACCAGCUGCAAUACCGCGGGCGCGAGCUGCGCUUCAACCUGACCGCCAAUCAGCACCUGCUGGCCCGCGGCUUUGUGAGCGAGACGCGGCGGCGCGGAGGCCUGGGUCGUGCGCACAUCCAGGCCCACACCCCCGCCUGCCACCUGCUUGGCGAGGUGCAGGACCCUGAGCUUGAGGGUGGCCUGGCGGCCAUCAGCGCCUGCGACGGCCUGAAAGGUGUGUUCCAGCUCUCCAACGAGGACUACUUCAUUGAGCCCCUGGACGGUGCCCUGGCCCGGCCUGGCCACGCCCAGCCCCAUGCGGUGUACAAGCGUCAGGUCCCAGAGAGGUUGGCACAGCGGGGUGAUUCCAGUGCUCCAAGCACCUGUGGGGUGCAAGUGUCCCCGGAGCUGGAGCCUCGACGGGAGCGUUGGGAGCAGCGGCAGCAGUGGCAGCGGCCGCGGCUAAGGCGUCUACACCAGCGAUCGGUCAGCAAAGAGAAGUGGGUGGAGACCCUGGUGGUAGCUGAUGCCAAAAUGGUGGAGUACCACGGACAGCCGCAGGUUGAGAGCUAUGUGCUGACCAUCAUGAACAUGGUGGCUGGCCUGUUUCAUGACCCCAGCAUUGGGAACCCCAUCCACAUCACCAUUGUGCGCCUGGUCCUUCUGGAAGAUGAAGAGGAGGACCUAAAGAUCACGCACCAUGCAGACAACACCCUGAAGAGCUUCUGCAAGUGGCAGAAAAGCAUCAACAUGAAGGGGGACGCCCACCCCCUGCACCAUGACACCGCCAUCCUGCUCACCAGGAAGGACCUGUGUGCAGCCAUGAACCGGCCCUGUGAGACCCUGGGCCUCUCCCACGUGGCGGGCAUGUGCCAGCCGCACCGCAGCUGCAGCGUCAACGAGGACACAGGCCUGCCGCUGGCCUUCACUGUAGCCCACGAGCUCGGGCACAGUUUUGGCAUUCAGCAUGACGGAAGCGGCAAUGACUGUGAACCCGUUGGGAAACGGCCUUUCAUCAUGUCUCCACAGCUCCUGUACGACGCCGCUCCCCUCACCUGGUCCCGCUGCAGCCGCCAGUACAUCACCAGGUUCCUUGAACUCCAUGUCCAUCAGGCCCUGUGUGUGGGGACCGUGGUAAAGGAGACAGACCUCCAGGUGCCUGUCCUACAGGUCCUCACACCAGGGGGAGAUGGACAGAUGACAGUUGGGGAUGAUUGGCACUGA